AAAUCAAAUGAACACAACCCAUCAUAUGGGAAAAUUAUGGGUUUUGAGUGAUUUUGACCCAACAAUAUUUUUGAGGCAACAAAUGGAGUUUCAUGACCACAUCUAUGACGACCAUGUUUCGGUUAUUACUAUGUUCUCCUAUUGCACGACCCUUCUUUUCCACACCACUCUCACUCUGCUUCUCCAGAUUAAAAACCAACUUACAUUGCAAGUGUGCAGAGAUGGGUGCUGGCAGUGUGAAUUCUGAGUACUUUAGACCAGCAAAUUUUCGUUUGUGUAAUGUAUCUGGUUUUAUGACAGAAUUGCUGGAAAUUGAGGCUCCAAGUCCCACAAUGCAUAUAUUGUUCAUCCCUGGAUAUCCAGGUGUCAUUACAUUUUACAAGGAUUUUCUUGAAUCGUUGUAUGAACGACUUGAUGGGAAAGCAUCAAUUACAGCUAUUGGGCACAUAUGCCAUUCAAGCAAGGAUUGGGAGCAUGGGCGCUUAUUCUCAUUGGACGAUCAAAUUAACCACAAGAUGGAUUUUAUUUCCCACGAGCUCCAAAACAACAGCACUCCAUUAGUGCUGGUUGCGCAUUCCAUUGGAUCUCACAUAUCAAUGGAAAUCUUCAAGAGAGUAUCAGAUAAGAUUAUCUAUUUCAUUGGGCUAUAUCCAUUUCUGGCUCUAAAUACCAAAUCAUCGAAGCAAACGACAAUCAGGAAGCUAGCAGAGUCUCCUAUACUAUGUUCAUUUGUAAGCUCUAUAGUAGCAUUGCUGGGCCUUGUCCCUAGUUUGUCGAGGUUUAUUGUGAAGAAGACCUUAGGCAACUCAUGGUCUGAUGCUGCAAUAGAUGCUGCUUGCUCUCACUUGGUGAAGUACCAUACCAUGCGAAAUGUGCUGUUCAUGGCAAUGACAGAGUUUCAGAAGUUUUCACAAGCACCAGACUGGGACUUCCUGAGAGAAAAGUCAGGUCAAAUUGCAUUUUUAUUUGGCAUUGAUGAUCACUGGGGUCCUUUGUCAUUGUUCGAAGAGAUUUCCAAGCAAGCUCCUGCUGUUGCUCUGUCAAUUGAAAAAGAGGGCCAUGACCAUGCUUAUUGUUGCACUGAGGCUGGUUCCACUUGGGUCGCUCAGCAUGUAGCGGGUUUGAUUAAGAAACAUCUGUAAACAUUGGCGAUGCCGAAAUCUCUGUUUCGUCAGUAAAGAAUGAAGAGAAUGUUUCUUUCCUUCUUUUACUCGUUUCUUUAUCCUUGAUUUUGGAAGCUUCAACUGAUUAUAAAUUCUGUAAUGACUUAAGUGAUGCAAGUUUGUCCUGUAAGUUCCCUUAACUGCUAGAGUUUUCCUGUGUACAUAUCCUACUUAAAUAAAGAAUUGUUCAUCUUAAUCCUUGUACUUCUGGGAUGAUGAUCAAAUAUUUUAUUUGAAGACUAACUGCAACUCCAUAGAGCGAUUAUGACUUUUAGUAUUGAAGGCAACUUCUUGUAUGA